UUUUGAUUUAGACAUCAAUAAUUUAAUGGAAUCAAAAUGCAGCAAGUUGUGGUGUGUUUUGGUGUUUGCUUCAUUGAUAACUUUGAGCUCUGGCAGUUUAUCCCCUGACUACUAUAAGAGUUCAUGUUCAAAGUUACUCUCCAUUGUCCGACGUGAAGUCGUGAAAGCAGUGGACAAGGAAUAUAGAAUGGGAGCAUCAUUGCUUCGCCUCCAUUUUCACGAUUGCUUUGUCAAUGGAUGCGAUGCGUCAGUAUUACUGGAUGACACGUCGAACUUCACAGGGGAAAAGACGGCAAUCCCAAACAAAGAUUCAUUGAGAGGUUUUGAGGUGAUUGACUCAAUAAAAACGCUGGUAGAGGCCGCUUGUCCGUCUGUGGUUUCUUGUGCUGAUAUUUUGUCCCUUGCAGCUCGAGACUCGGUGGUUGCACUUGGGGGACCCUCGUGGGUAGUGGGACUUGGGCGGAGUGACUCGACCACUGCCAGCUUCGACACCGCAAACAACGAUCUUCCUUCUCCUUUCCUUGACCUUCCCGAUCUCAUCUCUGCCUUUUCCAACAAAGGCUUCAACACCAAAGAAUUGGUCGCUCUUUCAGGAUCUCACACAAUUGGACAAGCCAGAUGCGUGAUGUUCAGAGUAAGGGCCCAUAACGAAACCACCACCAUUGAUCCAGACUUUGCAGCCUCUCUAAGAUCCAACUGCCCUUUCUCCGGCGACGACCAAAAUCUUACCCCUUUGGAUCUCAAAACCCAAUCCUUAUUCGACAACGCUUAUUUCAAAAAUUUGGUCCAAAACAAAGGCCUUCUUCACUCCGACCAAGCUCUCUUCAGCAACUCCUCCGCCGAUUCUCAUGUCACUUCCUACGUCUCCGAUUCCUCUGCUUUCUUCUCCGACUUCGCCGCCGCCAUGGUUAAGAUGUCCAACCUCUCCCCACUCACUGGCUCCGACGGCCAGAUUCGUUCCGACUGCCGCAAAAUUAAUUAAAUUCACUAAUUACUUAACUCCUUUUUAUUACAUUCCUAGCUCUGUUUGUUUGUUUGUAUUUGUUGUUGUUGUGACUCCAAAUUGUCAAUCUUGUUCUGUUUUUUUAGCUCUGUUUGUGUUUUGGUCCAUCCUUCAUAUCACUGGCGGCGACUCUGUUUUUCUCCUUCUGCAUGUUUGUUUUUACUAUUCAAUAAUAAGGAAAAUUGUAAUGGGGAGCCAAAAUCUAGCAAUGGCUUUCUAAGUUAAAUAUGAUUUACUAAUUUCUUUUUAUUUUAAUUUUAC